AUGAAGACCUUUCACUUCCUCCUCGCGGCUUUGGUGCCUCUUGCCCUAGCAAAGGCGCCUCUCAUGCAUAGAGAUAUUGCAGAUGGUAUCGAUGACAACUAUAUUGUAGUUAUGAAAAGCGCUACGCCGAAGACGUUCCAAGCACAUUAUCAACGGAUCCAUUAUACCUCUUCUCAGCGGACCAAAGGCGCCAAAAAGGGGGUUGUAAAAACCUACCAAGUUCCUGGCUUUAACGGCUACCACGUCGAAUGUGACGACGCGACUCUUGAUAGCAUUCGCAACGACCCCCUGGUUUCAUAUGUUGCUCGAGACGGCCGGGUGACAGCUCAAGCAGCUAUCUCUCGUAACGUCCCUAGAUCUGACCCCAAGCCUGAUACCUGGGGCCUGGGCCGUAUUUCCCAUCGGGAUCCCGGGGUUGGUGCUUACAUAGACGACGCUGCUGGCACAACUGAGCCCCCGACGUACGCCUAUAUAUUGGACACCGGUAUUCGUGUGACGCAUCAGGAAUUUGGAGGACGUGCCACAUUUGGCAAGAAUUUCAUCAACGGAGCUCAGAAUGUCGAUGAUAACGGGCACGGUACCCAUACCGCUGCAACCGUCGGCGGCAACACAGUUGGUGUAAACAAUAGCACUAUGCUCAUUGGAGUAAAGGUCCUAGACAAAGAUUCGUCUGGAAGCUGGUCUGGAAUCAUUGCUGGAGUUGAUUGGGCCGUAAACGAUGCUCAAACAAAAGGAAACAUUGACCGGUCUGUUAUCAACAUGUCAAUCGGCGGUCCCAGAUUCCAGGCUCUAGACGAUGUUGUUAAAAAUGCCGUCGCAACUGGCAUGACCGUAGUAGUGGCGGCUAGCAACUACGGCGUCGACGCAUGCACGUACAGUCCGGCAGCAGUUCCAGAGGCGCUUACAGUAGCGGCCAUUGACCAGAACGAUAAUCGACCAGACUGGUCAAACUGGGGUAGCUGUGUGGACAUCUUCGCUCCAGGAAGCGACAUUUAUUCAGCUUGGAUUGACAGCGAUACGUCCUACUACAGCAUGAGCGGAACCAGUAUGGCAUGCCCUCACGUCGCCGGGCUUGUAACGUAUCUGAUGUCCCGAGAGUCAAUUUCUGGCGUAGAAAAGGUCACCAGUCGGCUGAUCGACCUCGGAACACGAGAUAAGGUGCAGAAUACGAACGGAAGUCCCAACUUGAUUGCAUUCAAUGGCAAUGAAGCUGAACUAUAG